UAUGUUGCUAGCCCCUAUAAUAAUCCAUCAGAUAUAUAAACAUCUAUUUAUUAGCAAUAGACUUGCAGUCGACAACGGCUCCAAUAUAUUCCUCGUCCUCUUGUUUUGCUCGAUCCUAAGGGUUCGUUCCCGCUCGUCCCUCUCUUUCCAGCUUGUUGUCUUCCAACCCUAGGAUUCGUUUCGAAGGAGGAAGCCAAUAAGUUCUUCGUCAAGCCCAAGGCCGCCCCAGCCAGGGCUGAUCCCCCUCCGUCGUCGCCGGCGGCGGUCAAUCGGAGGGCGCCGUCCAGAAGCCCAACGAAGGCAUCCUCGAGCACGAACGCAAGCGCCAAAUCCAGCUCCGCCUCCUCGUCCUCCAGAAAACCCUAGCCGACCAGGGAUACACGGAGGCCGAGAUGGCCGAGAAGCUCUAGGAAGGCCGGAGGACCCUCGAGGCUGAACCGGCCGCCACCGCUGCUUCUGAGGAAUGUAGCGCUUCUCCUCCUCUCUCCAGCAAGAGAUUUACAGAUACACAGACUCAUCGUAUUGCUGCUCAUAAAAAGAAAUAACUUGAAACUUUGAGAGCAGCCCUUAAGAUAGAAGACAGGAAGAAAUCAUCGGAACAUGAACAACAGGAGCAAAAUCUGCAGGACAAAGAAAGUGAAUUAGAGCCUGGAGAACUUGAUGAGAAAUAUUGAGAGCAUAAAGGAAUCAGAAGGACUCUGACAGGCAACAGGAAAAAUAUGAUGAUACACAUGUGGAUGGUAAGAGGAAAAAACAGAUGGUGGGAAGAUUUGGAAGUAAAAAAAGUCUGGAGGACAUAAAUAAGCAGGAAAAGAACAAUGUAGGCAGGAGGUCUACUAGUGGUGAGCCAAAGCAACAUGAUAAAGAUACCAGAAAGGUAAAAUACAAGGAUAGUUCUGACAGUGAGCAGGAAUGUUGAAUUGGAAAAGAAAAAACAUGGGAAAAGUGUACACAGACAUGAUUCUGAAGACGAUUCUGAUGUCCAGAACAAGAAGAAACAUGGAAAAAAGUUCUUGCAGACAUGAUUCUGAUGAAAAAAUAUGAAAAUCGGGAAACUGGUGAUUCAGAUUCUGGUGACUCUGAUGAGGAAAAUGCCAGAAGAGAACCAGAGAAAUAUGUUAAGAAAACAUAGGAGGCAUGAUACUGAUUCAGAUUCAGACAGAAAUGCUGAGGACAAAAAAAAACAUGUUGGAACCAGUGGACAAGAAAUCAGAGGCAUGACUCUGAUGAGUCAGAACCAGAAAGUGAUGAUGAAAAGAAAAGCAGAAAGCAAGCAGAGUAACAUCACAGACCCAGCAGAGGGCACAAGAGCAGUGACUCUGAGUCUAACGUCGGAAAGGAAAAUGCCAUCGGUUACAGGAAACAUGGAAAAAGCAGCAGAAGGCAUGAUCUCGAAGAUUCAGAAUACGAAACUGAUGAUGAAAAGACAAAGAGAACAAAGGGGAUGGAGAAACACAGAAAAUCCAGCAAAAGGCACAAGACCAGUGAUUCUGACACUGACAGUGAAAAGAAGAACGCCAUCAAUCUUAAGAAACAUGAGAAAAGUAGAAGGCAACAUGAUUCUGAGGAUUCAGAUUAUGAUAUUUAUGAAGAAAAAAACAUGAAAAAAGGGUUGGAGAGUAGCAAACCAAGAAGAAGGCAUAUGCAUUAUGAAUUUGACUCCGAUAAUGAAAAGAAAAAUAAAAGCAGAAAACCGAGUGCUGCUCAUGAAUCUCAUCAUUUUAGACGAAGAAAGGUUGCUGAAGAGAAAACUAAUGAUACUAAUGAUGAGAGCUCUGAUACUGAUAGUGGUAAGGAAACUACUGGCAUUCAAGUUGUGAAUACAAUAAAUCUAAAAAGAAGCAAGAUCCAACGACUGAUGGUAGUAGAAGCCAGAGCUCUGACUGUAGUAGUGAUACAAACUAUGAUAACAGCAGUAGUCCAGAGAAGCAGGAUAGGAGGAAGACACGCAAGGAUGAUUGUAAAACAGAGGACAAGAGCACCAAGAAGCACAGAUCUGCUGCACAAGAACAAGACUUCCAUUUUAGGGCAGACAGGUGGGAUAAUAACAACAAUGCUGGAAGUGGCCAUCAAAAUGGUACUGACAUUGUUAGGAGAGAACACUUCGAUGCCCCAAAGAAGGCUGAAAAAACUGAGCAAUUUGAAUCAAGGGGAGAUAGGAAGGACAUGGAUGAUCAUGGAAGCCAAGAAGGAAGGAAAAGGAGAGAGGCUGAACAUGAUGGCGCAUCUGCUGGUGUACAAAAUUCAAACUCUAGAAAUGUUGGUUUAGUAGAAGAGAAGGAAAAAGAGUGAGAGCAGAGGUCAUCAGAACUUCAAUGGAAGCCGAGAGGACCGGAAGAGGGAGGACAACCCUUGUAUGCAGAAACUUGGUGACAAACAGGCACUAGAAAAAUAUGUAAAUGAAGAUGAUAAAUAUGGUAGCAGAAGGUACGGUAAAGAUGAGAAGAGCUAUGAUGAUGCUAAUAGGAGAAGAUAUGAAGAUUCUCGGCAGCUUCAAGGGCAGGAUAGGUAUGACAUCCUGAAGAUGCUAGCCGACGCAGGUGCUGCUGUGGCUGUUAGUGUUCCUGAAAUUGUGAGUAUUAUUUGCUUACACUUCCAAGAAAAUCUAAUGUGGUCUGACCUGGAUUUCCCCCAUUUCAAAUGGUUACACCCUUUCAAGCACAACUAAGCAAAUAGGAAUCAGUUGUCUAUGGCAUGGAAAAUGAAGUGCAAGUCUAUCAUUCAGGAAAAAAAGGAAAGAAGUGCAACUUUAUCAUGAGCACUCGAAGUAGUGCAUCCACAUGUAGACGCUGUUUUAUCAUAAGUAGAAAUGUUUCUUUUUGCUUGGUCCUCUUUUACACUGACAAGCUGGUCGCCAUCUUGAUAUAAUGUAUGAUCUGCAAAUGCAUUAUGUACAGUUUUGCUUGAAAUAGUGGAUGGAGCUUCUUCUACAGCAUAUUUUUUAAGAUAGGAGAGAACAGCUAUAUGAUUUAUGAGAAACAUCUUCUGGGAGCCACGGGAAUUUACUUGCUGGUUUAGCUUUCUUGUAUUCUGAAUCUGAAGACUCAGCUGUUUUGGCAAAGGCAGCCCCAGGAAGCUAUAUUUACAGGUUUCCCUCUUAUCUACAAUAUGAUUGUUCUGGCCAAGUAUCUAACUUGUUAUUUUUUUUUUCGCUUGUAGCUAAGGCAUGGUUUGUUGUAGAGAAUGCGAUUUGAAGAGGACAUUCCCAUGGCAGUCCUCAGCUAUGUACUUGAUGUUGUAGUUGCUGCAAACCUGUUCCUGGCAGCUAAGAACUUUCCAAAACUUGAUCAGGGUGUUCCAUAAACGUUUGCACUUGCAACAAUUUAAUGGUCAACUUGAUGGUCUUACAUAAACGUUUGCACUUGCUAGCAUUGGCUGUUCUUGUUUGGAAUUUUUUGGGGGGUGUAUGAGUUUUUGUUAAAUGGAGACGUAGGUUUUGGUGCU